AUGCCGCGAGAGCGGUUCGUGAAGCAAUCGCUCGGAACUCCCUUACAUACCAAGAUCAAGGAGGCGAAGAUACUCCUUGUCGGAGCUGGUGGUAUCGGAUGUGAACUUCUCAAAAACCUUGUCCUGACGGGCUUCGGGCAAAUACAUAUUGUGGAUCUCGACACGAUUGAUUUGAGCAAUCUCAACCGCCAAUUCCUCUUCAGACACGAACACAUCAAAAAAUCAAAAGCAUUGGUUGCGAAAGAAAGCGCCUCAAAAUUCAACCCCCGGGUAAAACUUGAGGCGCAUCAUGCCAAUAUCAAAGAUUCCCACUUCAACAUCGAUUGGUUUCAGAGUUUCAAUCUUGUCUUCAACGCACUAGACAAUCUCGAUGCGCGGCGGCAUGUGAACCAAAUGUGUCUGGCGGCGCAGAUACCCUUGAUUGAAAGCGGUACUACGGGGUUCAAUGGACAGGUACAGGUCAUUGUGAAGGGCAAGACGGAAUGUUAUGAUUGCAACACCAAGGAAGUUCCCAAGACAUUCCCAGUCUGCACGAUUCGAAGCACUCCGAGUCAACCGAUACAUUGCAUAGUAUGGGCGAAAAGCUAUCUCUUCACCGAGAUAUUUGGGACCAGUGAAGAUGAGAUACCAGUCUUUGAUCACUCUGAGGACUCGGAUAAUGGUAUGCAUACUUCCUUGGUUGAUUAUCUAAAGCUACUGACGGCCACACUAGCGUCAGAAAUUGAAAAUUUGAAAACCGAGUCUCAAGCCUUGAACAAUAUAAGGCAAUCCAUGGGUAGCGAGGACUUUCCCCGCAAAAUCUUCGAUAAAGUGUUCAAGGAAGACAUUCAUCGACUGAGAAGCAUGGAAGAUAUGUGGAAGUCAAGAAAGCCUCCUAAUCCUUUGGACUUUGAUGCGCUCUCGAGCGUUACUAAUGGCACAACAUCAAAAACAACAAUUUCAGAUCAGGCAACUUGGUCGCAGACCGAAAAUCUCGAGGUCUUCUGUGACAGUGUUGAUCGCCUGAGCAAGCGUCUUCAGCAUGCGCAGUCAACAGCUGUCAACGGAAAUUCUGCGCCGCACGUGCUAUCAUUUGACAAAGAUGACGAUGAUACGCUUGACUUCGUGGUUGCUAGUGCCAAUCUCCGGUCCAACAUAUUUGGCAUUGAAUCAAAGUCGAAAUUUGACAUCAAACAAAUGGCAGGUAACAUAAUACCGGCCAUUGCAACUACAAAUGCGAUGACUGCGGGUCUGUGCGUUUUGCAAGCCUUCAAGGUCUUGCGAGACGACCUUCACAAAGCGAGAAUGGUCUUUCUUGAGCGAUCUGGCGCAAGGGUAAUCAAUAGCGACACGCUUAAGCCUCCGAAUCCACAAUGCGCUGUCUGUGGCGUAACCUCCUCUCGACUUACAAUCGAUCCAGAACGAGCAACGUUGGGCAAUCUGGUUGAUGAUGUCCUGAAGAAGCAGUUGGGCUAUGGUGAAGAACUGACCGUCAAUAGCCAAGCUGGGACCAUUUACGACCCAGACUUGGACGACAACCUCCCCAAGAGUUUUGCGGACCUAAGUGUUAAAGCGGACGAUUUCAUCACGAUCAUUGAUGAUGAGGACGACAACCCGCGUGUCACCCUGUCACUCUCGAUCGCUGAAAAGUCACUUCCUGCUGAUUCGCCCCCCAUUUCACUACCCUCAGACCUCCAGGUAGCCCGUAAGCCCAAAACCGAGGCUGCUUCAUCCCUCACAAACGGCAACACCAAUGGCGUGCUACCAUCUUCAGCUUCGAAACGAAAGCGCAGUCCAGACGAAGCAGAAAGUGUAGCAGACGGCGUCCAGCCGAUCUUGAAGAAGGGAAAAGCUAUUGCCAACGAUCAAUCAGUCGUCAUCAAUGACGAUGGGGACGGAGCUAUCACAAUUGACGAUUGA